AUGCCCAUGUCCCAGCCCACCAGUGCGCCAACUGGCAUUGUUCGACCGUCACGACCGGCCAUCCCCCUAUCGCCUCCCCCGCCAACUGGCAAACGCUUCGAGGAGCGGUCCGGUCCCCCACACGUCGCGGCCGGUCACCCGGAAAUGCCCAGACGGCAUGUGCAGUGGUGUGUUUCCCUGGAUGCCCGUCCCGGGCCUGAAAGCCCGCAGCCACCUCGGUUGGCCGCCAACUGGCAUUGUUCGACCGUCACGACCGGCCAUCCCCCUAUCGCCCCUCCCCGCCAACUGGCAAACGUUUUGAGGAGCGGUCCGGCCCCCCCACACGUCCAUGCCCAUGUUCCAAGCCCACCAGGGCGCCAACUGGCGUUGUUCGACCGUCACGACCGGCCGACCCAUCCCUGGUUCCCUGCCACGACGCCAAAGGCCCUUCUUGGCCGUCAGUGCCAACUGGCAAACUGGCAGGACCGACAUACGCGCGCACACGCCCAUGCCAUUUCCCACCACAUCACCUCCCGUCCCCUCCAAGCCCUGGCGCUGCCGGACCCAUUGAUGGGGGAGGUGGUAUUCCCACAAAUCUAG